AUGUUUCAAUCUCGAUUUUUCAUCAGACACUCCAGCACAUAUGUCACAUCUCCUAUUUUUUAUGCAAAUGCUGAACCUCACAUCGGGCACGCCUACACAGCAGUGUUGUGUGACACUGCUCAUCGAUGGAAUCAGUUGAAGAAUUUCAAGGAUAAAGAAUCGAAAGCAUUGUUUUCAAUAGGAACCGAUGAGCAUGGGAGUAAGAUUUUCCAAGCCUCACAGCUCGCCGGAACAACACCCAAGCAGUUUUGCGAUCAAGUAUCUUCAAAAUUCUCCACUCUUUUCGACACACUAAACAUCUCGCACACAAACUUCAUCAGAACUACUGACCCAAAGCAUGCAGAAUCUGUGCAGCACUUCUGGAGGGUACUUCAAGACAGAGGACACAUCUACAAAAGCAGUUAUUCUGGAUAUUAUAGCAUUUCUGAGGAAUGCUUCAUUCCUGAGAAUGAGGUGGAGGAGAAUGCGGAAAACAAGAUGGUUCUGAAGACAACAGGCACCGCUGUGGAAUGGAUUGAAGAGGAGAAUUAUAUGUUUCGGCUGUCGGAAUUCCGAGAAAAAGUGGGCGAAUGGAUUGAGAAGACGGACGUUGUGUGGCCUGUCAAGUACAAAUCGCUGGCUCUGGAUAGUUUGACGUUGGACGGCGAUUUGUCGAUUUCAAGGGCGAGAAAGCGGCUGUCUUGGGGCAUUUCGGUACCCGACGAUCCCUCGCAGACAAUUUACGUAUGGCUGGAUGCCUUGGUGAAUUAUUUAACUGUCUCGGGAUACCCAAAAGAUAGACUUGUAUGGCCACCAACCUGCCAGGUUAUUGGCAAGGAUAUCACAAAAUUCCAUCUCUACUACUGGCCUGCAUUCCUGAUGGCCGCUGAUCUACCCCUCCCCCAGCGAGUAUUCGUUCAUGGUCAUUGGCUAGUGGACAAUGUAAAAAUGUCAAAAAGCCUGGGAAACGUUGUGAAUCCAAAACACGCAAUCGAUAAAUUCACUUCUGAAGGUCUCCGAUACUUUCUCCUAAAACAAGGAAACCCAAGCAAUGAUUGCAGUUUCAGUUGGAAUAGUUGUCUAGAAACCGUUAAUAGUGAUUUGGUGAAUAAUGUAGGCAAUUUGCUGAAUAGAAGUACUGUAGAGAAGAUAAAUAAGAGUGGGACAUAUCCUAGAAGAGUGGAAUUGGAGAAAAAGGUGAAAGAAGACACCGAAAAGCUCCUGGAGAUGCUAGAAGAGAGCAGAGAGAAAUGUGAGGAGCUCUACGAUGAUAUGUACUACUACAAAGGCAUCGAGCAGUUGAUGCUGACGAUGAAGGAGGCGAAUCGAGUGUUCCAAUUGAGUCAACCAUGGAAAGAGACGGAUUCGGAGAGACUUGAGAGUCUCCUUUUUGUGACUUAUGAGACAAUUCGAAUUGUUUCGAUUCUUCUUCAACCCAUCACUCCAAAAAUGGCGAAUUUCUGUUUAGAUCGACUAGGAGUAGAUCAAAGGAAUUUGGAGAGCGCGAAGUUCGGAAGUUAUGCGAGUGGCGGGAAACUGGGUGUAGAUCAAGGAGUCUUCAUUGGCCAACUGGAAAUUAUGGCAACACCGACGGCGGAAGAAAUCACCGAGGAGACGAAGCAGCGGCGCGAGCUGAUCCUUAGAAAUUUGCAGGAAUCGCUCGGAGUCGACAAGCUCACGCUCCAACUAGGAACCCCUGGAAAAGUGCCACAUGUCUAUUGGGGAACAGCAACGACUGGCAAACCACAUGUCGGAUAUCUGGUUCCAAUGCGAAAAAUCGCGGACUUCCUUCAAGCCGGACUGAAAGUGACCAUCCUGUUCGCAGAUCUUCAUGCCUAUCUCGACAAUAUGAAGAGUACUUGGGAUGUGUUGAAGAGUCGAGUUGUCUACUACCAGAAGGUCAUCAUUGCGUUGUUGGAGUCAUUGGAUGUUCCUAUUGGACAGUUGCACUUCAAGAAAGGAACGGAAUACCAAUUGGAGAGAGACUACACGGAUCAUGUACUCCAAUUGACGGCCCAAGUUUCCCUUCGCGAUGCUCUGAAAGCUGGUGCCGAGGUAGUCAAGCAAGUGGAGUCGCCACUUCUCUCAGGUCUUCUCUACCCUCUUCUUCAAGCUCUCGAUGAGCAAUAUCUCAAAGUUGACGGCCAAUUCGGAGGAGUGGAUCAACGGAAAAUCUUCAUUCUUGCCGAGGAACAACUCCCGAAAUUGAAGCUUGGAAAGCGUUGGCACUUGAUGAAUCCGAUGGUGCCAGGACUUACUGGAACCAAAAUGAGCAGUUCUGAAGAAGACUCGAAGAUUGAUGUGUUGGAUGAGUCGGAUAGAAUUCGUAGCAAAAUCAUGGGUGCCGCUUGCUCGAGAGAUCAACCGGACAAUGGAGUUCUCGCUUUCUACAACUAUGUACUCUUCCCCAUUGUGUCGCCCAACGCGAUUGAAAUUUCCAACCAACAAUUUUUCGAUUUCAAUGCUUUGAAGCAAGCGUAUUUGGAUGGAAAACUCGAUGAGUCGGCUUUGAAGACGUUCCUAUCUGAUUUCCUAGUGAAUCUUCUGGACAAAGUCAGAGCGAAAUGCGACACUGAUGAGGUCAAAGAAGCCAAAGAAAAGGGAUACAGUAAAGUUGUGGAAGCAGAGAGUACUCCGAUUCCAGAAGAACCGAUUCCAGUGUUGAGUGCGGAGCAGAAGGCGUGGAAAGAACGGAUUCAAAAUGGAGGAGAGCUGUUCAGUGAGGAUGAGCUGGUUCGAGUUUUGUCCAGUGUCUCUCCUUCAAACCCUCUCCACGUGAUGUUCGUUGCUCAUGGAAAAGGAAAGUUCCAUCUUGGAUUCGUGUCACCGCUUCUCAGAAUCAAAGCACUUGUUGAUGCAGGAGUUCCUGUGAAAGCAACGAUUCUUGUCUCGGAUCUGGAAGCUUAUUUGGACAAUCAGAAGGUGUCAUGGGGAGCGAUUGAAGCGAGAGGAAUCUACUAUCGAGAGACUUUCCUGUCACUUAUCAAGAAUUUGAAAUUGGAGGAUGUCGUGGAGGUUAAGGUGGCAGCUGAACAUGAGAAGUACUUUAAUAAGGACUACGUACUCGAUUUCUAUAAAAUGGCAUCUGCUGUGACACGAGAUGAGACAACGAUCUGCGAGGGAACUGCUCUAUCCGGAAAUCUGGUUCCUCUCAUCUACUCACUCAAUGCACAUAUCUAUCGUCCGGACUUAUUGAUAAUCGGAAACGAUUCUACAGUAUUCGCUGACCUAUCAUCCCGUCUUCUGAAAUGCUUUGGAUACUCAGCGAUUGCUCAUCUUGCAAUUCCAACUGUUCCAGGAUGCAACGGACAGAAAAUGAGCUGCUCGGUGCCAGAUUUCCUUCUAGACCCAUUGGAUACACCGAAGCAAACCAAAACGAAAAUCGCGAGAAGCUUCUGCGAACCUCAGAACCUGGAGGGUAACGUGGCGAUGCAGCUUGCCGAUCAGAUAGUCUUCCCAUUGCUCAACGGAUCCUCUUUGAGUAUUCCACGAUCUUCGGAUAAUGGUGGUGACGUGGCAGUCUCUAGCUACAAAGAGUUGGAGCAUGAGUUCAUAACUGGCUCCAAUCCAGAGUUCCCUCUUCAUCCAGGAGAUUUGAAGAAUGCCGUCGUAGGAGUUAUCAAUGGACUAUUCGACGGAGUCCGCGCAGAUUUCAGUGGUAAGGAACGCGAGAAGUUGGUGAAGGACGCGUUUACAGUGUCGAAGGGGAAGAAGAAGUAA